GACUGUGUGAGUGAGGUGUGAAGUGUUAUGAUUUGAUUUUAUGGGCAUUGGUGCAAAUGAGUCAUUAGUCAUUAUCAACCCCAACCACAAUAAUUUUAACCCUAGUAUUUUAUGAAUUUUACUCCUAUUUUCGUAUUGAUCACUCAGAGACUCAUGUAGCAUCCUGUAUCAUUUCUAGUUUGAUAAUCCAAGCGUAAACUCUUAGUGCAAUGACUUCGUUGUGAGUUGGUUACGACACUUCUGCAUUUCAACUUUUUGAAUCAUAAACCACAAUGGCCUCAACUUUGAAACCUUAUCUCACGGCUGUCAGGCAUACCCUGUCUGCUGCUAUAUGCUUAGAAAAUUUUUCAUCUCAAGUCGUAGAAAGGCAUAAUAAACCUGAAGUAGAGGUCAGAACGAGUAAAGAGCUGCUGUUAAAUCCUGUUGUGAUCAGUCGAAAUGAAAAAGAAAAAGUUCUCAUAGAGGGCUCUAUCAACUCAGUCAGAAUCAGCAUCUCAGUCAAGCAAGCAGAUGAAAUAGAAAAAAUUUUGUGCCACAAGUUCACUCGCUUCAUGAUGAUGAGGGCUGAAAACUUUGUCGUCCUUCGACGGAAACCUGUUGAGGGAUAUGAUAUCAGUUUUCUCAUUACAAAUUUCCACACAGAACAAAUGUUGAAGCACAAGCUGGUAGAUUUUGUUUUACAUUUUAUGGAAGAAAUUGACAAGGAAAUCAGUGAAAUGAAAUUAGCUGUCAACGCUCGGGCUAGGAUUUGUGCUGAAGAAUUUUUGAAACGGUUCUGAACUGUAACUAAAUCGAAGCUGCCUCGUCCUAUUGGAUCUUUUAUCAUCAGCAGGCUUUGGUCUAAAGACCCAUUUAUCCCAAGUGGCCAAUAUUUGCAAUUUUAUAAAGAAUGUUUUGUAUUUAUUAAUUUAAUUUUGAUAUUUAUUUUAUCUCCUUU